ACAACUAAUUUCGCCGAUCACAGUCUCUUCCUUGACCGCUGCAAAUUCUAGAUGAACUUAUGCAGGUGCCAAACAUCUCCAUAUUUAGCAAUGCUAUGCAUUGACCCACGCGUUUCUGCCAUGUUGUCCAUACUGUAGCAUAUACGGGCGCCCCUUACGACAUGGUAGCUGUAGCUGUAAGCCCGGGAUUAAUGCACCUGAUGCCUACCAACUGGAGGAAAUUGGACUUAUAGAGAUGCGUCGAUCUCCGGGGAAACCUGAAGCGUGCAUUAAGGCCUGCAUCGACAGAAUCAUUUCUUGAAUCUGGUCGUUCAAAGUGAACUCUCGGUGAUCCUCAACCUCAGAGCAACUGACUGGACACCUUCAGUAUGGACAAUUCUUCGACUGAAAGAUGCUUGGAAAUUGAUAAUACCUUCGGUCCUUACGCUGGGUCAUGUCGUGGUGGCUUUGAUUUCACAUUGUACUUCGAAGACACUAUCUUGACCAUUCUACCAGUCGUAGUGCUCCUCAUCCUUGCUCCAGCACGCCUACUAUACCUGCGCACAACACGUCCGAAGGUUGUACGCAGCAGAUGGAGAUUCGUUAAGCUGACAGGAUAUGCAUCGCUAGCCGCGCUCAAUUUUGCAGCGUUGAUACUAUGGAUACAGCCGAUGAGUAUAGCAUCAAAAGCCUCUGUGGCCGCCGCGGGUCUCAGCUUUGUGGGAGCCAUACUAUUAGGACUUCUUUCCUACGUUGAACAUAAUCGAUCUGUCAAACCAUCACUUAUACUGGAACUGUAUCUCCUGUUUACACUUCUCUUCGACAUUGCUCACGCGAGAACCCUGUGGUUACAGCAAUAUAAUCGAAGCCAUGCUGUACUUUUCAUUCUGAUCUGUGGGAUCAAGGGAGUCUCGCUGCUGCUAGAGUCCCAGCAGAAAAGACAUCUUCUAAGACCAGCUUAUGAAACGUGUCCGCCGGAGGCACUCGCAGGGACCUUCAACAGAUGGACAUUUUGGUGGUUGAAUUCAUUGUUCAAGGUCGGUUUCAAAGCCAAUCUCGAUGUUGAUGAUCUAUAUCCGCUGGACAAGUCAUUGCAAUCGGAACAUCUCGAUUAUAUUAUGCAGACAAGUUGGCACCGAGUUACUCGACAAGCAGCAGAUCAGUCAUCUUCCUCUGCGGUAUCCAAGGAGCAGACCACAGAAAUGGCGUUGGAGAGUAAAAUACCGGAGCAGACUACAUUAGUGAAGAAGACCGCUAUUCCGGCGAAUGCGUUAUUCGGUGUAGCAUUCAAGACUCUGAUAUGGCCCAUUGUUGCGGCUGUCCCUUAUCGAGUCGCCUUGAUCGCAUUCACAUUCUGCCAACCGCUACUGAUAGAUAGAGCAAUCACUUUGUCCAACGAAUUUCUUGACAAACAAAGCAGACAGAUAGGAUAUGGCUUGAUUGGCGCGUAUGUCAUUGUGUACUCGGGUAUUGCGGUCACCACCGGACAAAGCCAACACUUGUCAUAUAGAACCAUCACAAUGGCCCGCGGAGGUUUGAUCUCAAUGAUCUACAGAAAAGCCACAAAUCUACAGUCGACAUCAACAGAUCCUGCCUCGGCGCUGACAUUGAUGAGUGCGGACAUCGAGAGAAUAACUACUGGUUGGCAAAUGAUGCAUGACUUAUGGGCGUGCAUCAUCGAGAUUGUGUUGGCUAUAUACCUGUUACAACGCCAAUUAGGGGCUGCUUGCGCGAUACCAAUCGGUGUCUCUAUCUUUGCUAUGUUCGGCGCCGCAGCCACUACAUCGCUCGUCCUUGCGCGGCAGACAGCGUGGCUACAAGCCAUCGAAAAACGUAUCUCAGCCACGACCGCUAUGCUUGGAGCCAUGAAAGGGGUUAAAAUGUGUGGUCUCAAGGACACCCUUCAACGACGCCUGCAGGAGCUCCGCAAGGAAGAAAUGGAGAUCUCGAAAGGUUUCAGAAAGUUGCAGAUCUAUACCAUGGCAUUCUCGUAUAUCACCCCCGUCGGCGCCCCUAUUCUGACAUUUGCUGUCUUCUCCGUCACAGCCCGAAACGCCGGUGGCAAUACUACGUUAGACACGGCUCGAGUUUUCACGUCUCUGUCUCUUUUCACACUGUUAUCAGAGCCCAUCCAAUCCUUCAUGCAAGCGCUAGUCACAUUUAUGGGUGCUGUUGGGUCUUUCCAGCGUAUUCAACAGUUUCUCGAGGCAGAAGAGCACAAAGACUACCGAGAGAAGCCUGGGGAGACAUUUGACGCAGGCAGCAUCCAUAGCGUCAGGAAGAAGAGUAUCUCCGAGCAGAGUGAAAUCAGCGCAGCAAAGACAAUGAGCACGGAGAAACUUGACUUUGGGCUAAUGCUCCAAGAAGAUCGGUGCUACUAUAACAUGCCCGAGGCGAUUAUCAUUCAGGAAGGCAACUUCGGUUGGACGGAGGAGUCGACUCCAGUAUUGAAACAUGUCAAUCUCAGUGUUCCUCGAGAGAAAGUGACCAUGUUGAUUGGUCCUGUGGGUUGUGGCAAGUCCACCUUGCUGAAAGCAAUACUUGGAGAACUGCCUACGGUAUCAGGCCGAGUAGGCAUUUCAUCAUCUAGCAUAGCAUACUGCAACCAGACUCCGUGGCACAUGAACAGUACCGUUCAAGAGAGUAUUGUUGGUAUAACGUGUCGGUAUGACGAGAAGUGGUAUCACGAUGUUGUCGAAGCCUGUGCUUUAGACGAGGAUUUCGCACAUUUACCACAAGGUGAUCAAACUGUCAUCGGGAGCAACGGUGUUGCCCUCAGUGGAGGCCAAAGCCAACGAAUCGCAUUAGCGAGAGCUGUAUACGGGCAGAGAGAUAUUGUCCUCCUCGAUGAUGUCUUCUGUAGUCUAGAUCAAGAUACUGAGAACAAAGUUUUCCACAACCUCCUUGGUAAAAACGGAAUCCUUCGCCGGAAGCGGGCUACGAUCGUACUUGCUUCAUCAUCAGCUCAACGUGUUCCGUACGCCGAUCACAUCGUUGCUAUCAAUCAGAGUGGGUUUAUAGGGGAGCAAGGAUCAUUCCAUACUCUCAACCGGAGCGGUGGCUAUGUUUCGAGUUUUAACCUUCAACCUACUGACUGGGCUCACGCUUCUGUGCGACGAUCAUUUACGGAGAAAACAGCGGGACUAUUUCCGCCGAUCACGCACGCGAAGGAAGAGUUGCCAAACGUAGUGAGUGUUGAUGCCGAAAAUGCUCGACGAACGAGUGACAUAGCCGUGUAUGGCUACUAUAUACGAGCCAUUGGAUGGAUGCCCGCCAUAAUAUUCGUUCUCGGUAUCAUGAGCUUUGUCUUCUGUUACACUUUCCCUAGUAUAUGGGUUAAAUGGUGGGCUGCGGCUAACAUAGAAACCCCGAACGGCAACUUAGGAUACUGGCUGGGAAUAUACGCUGUACUUGGGCUAUCAGCAAUCGUGAGCCUUCUCAUAGCCACAUGGCAAAUUAUCAUCACUGCAGUCCCUAGAUCUGGUGUUGCUUUCCACGAGAAGAUACUCAAGACUGUCCUGAACGCUCCCAUGCGUUUCUUCAGUACUACCGAUACUGGUGUAACAAUCAACAGGUUCAGCCAGGAUUUGCAAUUAAUCGAUAUGGACUUGCCCGUCAAUGCCCUACAGACCUUUACAGUCGUCGUGAUGUGUAUUGCACAAAUGGUUCUCAUUGGUGUAGCAUCUGCUUACGCUGCGAUUUCCUUUCCUAUAUGCGUAAUCGUUCUUUACUUAGUGCAAAAGUUCUAUCUCCGGACAUCUCGCCAACUUCGGUUCCUUGAUCUCGAAGCAAAGUCGCCACUUAUGUCCGAGCUUGUAGAAUGCCUCGGUGGUCUAGCAACUAUUCGAGCAUUUUGUUGGCAGGACGCCCUUCAAGUGCGUGUUCGGGGCCUUCUUGAUCGGUCUCAGCGUCCAUUCUAUCUGCUCUUCGCUGUCCAAAGAUGGAUCACUCUCGUUCUUGAUCUUAUGGUGGCCGCAGUCGCGGUCCUGCUCAUCUCUCUGGUGGUCAACCUGCGAGGUCAAUUGAGUGCCGGAUACGUAGGAGUGGCUAUGCUCAAUGUGAUCAUGUUCAGCCAAUAUAUAAAACAACUUGUUGUUUUCUGGACGAUGCUUGAGACAAACAUAGGUGCAAUAGCUCGCAUCAAGUCUUUCACCGAGGAUACUGCCGAUGAGCAUCAGCAGCAUGAGUCUCAACAGCCACCUGCGGUUUGGCCAUCAAAGGGAUCAAUCGAAUUCAAGAAUGUAUCGGCCUCUUACAAGCCCCCAUCGAAUGUCCUUGAGAAUCUAGACUUGUCAAUACAGCCAGGACAGAAGGUUGCCAUAUGUGGCAGAACUGGUAGUGGCAAAUCAUCACUUAUGCUGACCCUGUUCCGCAUGCUUGACCAGACCUCAGGGUCACUUAUCAUCGACGGUAUCGAUAUCGCGACCAUACCCCGCCAGACUGUUCGGUCAAGAAUAAUAGGGGUUCCACAAGAUGCGUAUCUCUUUCCUGGGACCGUUCAGGAAAAUGCGUCGCCUACUGGCACUGCUGCAGAAAGCGAUAUCAUCGAAGCCUUGGAAAGCGUCCAAUUGUGGAACAUCAUCAGUGAGAAGGGUGGUCUAAGUACGCUGGUGGAAGAUUGUCAUUUUAGUCAGGGGCAGAAACAGCUGUUUUGUUUGGCUCGAGCCAUGCUUCGUCCUGGGAGGAUAUUGGUACUUGACGAAGCGACGUCGAGCGUCGACGCACAAACAGAGGUCGUCAUUCAAGAUGUUUUGCGGACAAAGUUUGCAUACCACACUGUCAUCACAGUGGCACAUAAGCUCGACUCCAUCCUCGACUUCGACCGCGUUGCCAUGAUGGAAGGCGGCCGAAUCGUCGAGUACGAUGCUCCAUAUUCCCUUCUCAGCCAGCCCGAAUCGAAAUUUGCCCAACUCUACCAUUCUGCAGAAGAGAGUGAGAGCACAUGACCGCAUCGGCUUAUUGUCAGUUUUACAAAGCACAGCAUCCGGCGUACUGGAAUCAUUAUUCACGGCGCAAACGACUUGGCGUCAAUAAAUAUAGGCAUACACACAAGACUUAUUUUCCUAAUGUCUUCAUGAGAACCUCGUCACUCGCUUCAAUCCAUUCAUCUCUUUUGUUGGUCUUGCACUGGCCGGUCCGGUGAAAACACAUCGGUAAAUUUAGGGGCACCUUACACUCGGUACUAUUUUCUUACUCAUCACCCUAUUUACGAAAUUGAUACAUAUAUACAUUUACAUGAAUACUGAGCUAGCUUGUGCAGUUCCCCAC